AUGUUUUUUGCAUUUUCAGACAAAGCUGAAUGCAAGAGUACAAUUCACUGGUUGUGUGAUUAUGUAUCAUACCAAGCCAAUAAGAAAGCCACACAUCACUCACGUGACUUACACUCUAUGAUAGUUGCUGCAUUCAGCUGCCUGCAAACAUGGAUAACGUCACACCCAUGGUUAUUGGAUAGUCAGGUCUGUAUAAUCCUUUUACUCGCAAGGCUAGUGCUCCAAAAGGAAAACACAAGAGAAAUUCCAAUUUAAUUUGGUAAAAUUGUGCUAAAUAAAUGGUUCCAUGUCAAAGCACUUUUGAACGGGUUCGGAUAGAAGGUUACAUGUAGAAUCACCAUGUAAAACAUGAUGAACAGCACCACUGAAAAGUAGUGUACAUUUGCUUUCAUUUCAAUGGUCACGUUAUGAAAAUUUCAUUCUCAGAAGCAAGCGUUAGAACCGUCGUUUACAGUGCAGUAAACAGCACCACAGAAAAGAACGCUCAGUAGAUUUCUUUGAUCGCCCUUAAAGAUUUUAUCCACAGAAUCAAAAUAGUGAAUAGGGGCACAGUACAAAGUACUACUCAGUACCUUUCUUUUGAAUAGCUGCACUUCGUUGUUUCGUAAGUUCUGAAUUAACCCAUAAGAAAGCGUAUAGAGAAGUAAAAACGCUUGGUGAUAUCAAUUUAAUGCGUUGGAAAAAAAUUACAUACACAGCUAUGGAGGCUUAGGGUCAUAAAAUAGCAGCAUCUUAAAUGAUUUGUUUUUGAACUUUGCAGGGCUGUUUACAAGUUGUCAUGGAAGUGGUUGAGCUGGGAAUAUCAGGAAGCAAGUCCAGA